CGUUUUAACAAUCACUUGAAACUUGAAACUUUGAGUGAAUUGAUCUUUAGCGUACCAAUUACCGAAAUUGUAUUGAAACUAUUUUCUGAAAAUUGUGUGACCCAGCAAAAUCACUAUAUUUUAAAUGAGAACGGAAUUAUCGAAAGUGUAACAAUAUCAUUCGCUGACAACGAUUUUGUGAUAACACAUACAAUUUUGAUUAAAAAGGAAUCGCUGCUAGUAAAAACAACGCUUUCCUUACAGACUGUAAAUUGUGUCGUGCCAACAUGGAUUCGAGGGUUUUAUUCCUUGCUGGACUCUUAUUAACAGGGUGUGUGCCUUCCUGUUAUGCCCGAUAUUCCGAUGAUGACUCUUGGUUCACCUUGAAGAAUAUUGCCAUUGGAGGCGUGGUUGGGGCAGGUGCCGUUGUGGCUGCCCCUUUUGCGCUUGGGGCUGCUGGAUUUGGAGCCGCUGGUGUUACGGCCGGAUCAUUGGCAGCUGCAAUUCAGGGAUCAGCAGUUGCUUCCGGGAGCGCAUUUGCGCUUGGGCAGAGUGCAGGUGCGGCCGGUCUCGGAAUCGGGGCUAAAGUGGCAGUGUUUGUCGGAGGGUUUGCGACUGGGACGGUGGCCAGUAAUAAAUUUGACGACUAACAAUAAAAUACUUAAUUAAAGCAGUUGGAUUCUAUUUUACUAACCGAAUAUACCAGUUGGUUAAUUUGAGGGAACCUUAACAAAAAGUUGAUUAUUUCAAUAAUUCGAACGUACCAACAAAUUGACAAAAGCAAAAACUUGCUUUAUAAUCACAAACUGUUGAUUUAGCAACAAUUAUAAUCUUAUUAAAAGUGUAUUAUCGCAAUUAACAUUUUUCAACAUUGAACUAAAAUAAAUCUUAUUAUUAC